AUGGCAAGAUUGCUGCCCAUCUUUGACCCCAUUAAGGCCACUUUUCCCGAGGCGCUCGGGAUUCCUCGGCAACCUCCCUCUACGGGACUGGGUUCUGCGUUAGUGGCCGGGCCCCAGAGUGAGGCUUUGAGGAAAGUUCGAAAAUUGGUGCUGGAUUUUGCCACCUUCUUUGACAUUGCUGAUCUCAUGGCUGAGGAUGAGGAAGGUACCGACUCACUGGAAGCAGUGUUAGCUCCGAAAUCACCCCUCACGAUUUUGAAGCAUGUUGGUCCUGCCAGAACAUUCUGCGAGUGGUUGGUGAAGACAUCUCACUUGCCACCUUUCACGGAGCGUAUGUUGUGGUUUUUUGUGCAGUGUGUUCGCAAGAUGCAGAGGACUGCCGCUACUACGUUGGACACCUCUUUGAAGGCGAUUAAAUGGUCCUAUUAUUCGUUGGGCUUAAAAGUCGCUUUGGAGGUCUUCGCUAGUCCAAGGCUGCGAGGAGCUAUUGCUCAACAGUUGAGCUCCAAAAGCCCCUGGGAUCCGGCACCCCCGUUGCGGGUGUCGGAAGUCCUGCAGCUACAUUCGAUUGCUGAGGAUGAGCGCGUGUCCAUGAUUGAUAGAUGUGGGGCUGUGCAUUUCUUGGCUAUGUUGUAUGGUAGAGCGAGGUGCUCUGACUGUCGUUGUCUUCAAUCCCUCGUGAUUGACAAGAACUCGCAGGGUUCGUGGGACGAAUCUUUCAUCGAGUUGUCGACAGUGCAUCACAAGACUGCCCGACUGGAUGCCCAGCGCCGGCGACUUUUGCCUAUUGUGAUUCCGGGUUUUGGUGUUGCUAGCAAGCCCUUCGGUGAGAUCUUCUGCUCUGUGCGAGCCAGUGCAGGUUUGCCCAUGGAGGUACGUGACGCGCCUUUCUUGCCGGCACCUUCCCCGACAGGCGAAUGGACUAAGGAGCCGUUGGAUUCUAGCGAAAUCACAAGGUGGCUUCGCUACCUUUUGCCGAGGUCGUCUGGCGAGAAGCCUGUUUCUAGUCACUCGCUCAAGGUGACAACAUUGUCAUGGUUCAGCAAGUUUGGAGGACCUCGGGAGGUUAAACGUGUCCUUGGCCACCAUGCUGAUGCCGCCACGGGCUCGGAUGCAGUGUAUGGCAGGGACGUCCAGAGCCCCGCCCUUCGCGAGUUCUCGGUGAUGCUUGCUGCUGUGCGAAAUCAACAAUUUGAUCCUGAUAGCACCCGCAGUGGCAUGUUCCUUUCCGGCUGGACCAGGGAGUCUAUUAUCAAGGCUGCUGCUCUCCCGGUAGAAUCAGAAGCACAGGACAGCGAUGACGGUUUGGAUGCUGCGCUGAAUGUAGUUUCAGAUGUAUCCGAUUCUGAGCCGGAGGACUCCGAGGGGCCCUCUUUUUGGGCCCACCCCAGCAGUAAGAUUUUGCACAAAACUGUGCUUGGCUCGGCCACCUUCAUGUGUGGCAGAUUGCAGAGUACCGGCUCAAAGGUGGCUCAUUCCGAGGUUGCAAUGACGAGCUUGGUGGACUCGGCACCCUACUUGGUCCAACGGGCCACUGAGGUGUCGCUGACACAGCGAGUGUCGGAGAAGCUGCAGUCCAAGGGAGUCAUUACCUUGGCACAACUUGCAUUUUGUGUUGGGCAGCCCGGACAGGUUCUCGUUCAGGCUGAUUUUGACAGGUGGGCCGAUGGCAUUUUGAACGACAUGACAGUGGGUGAGAAAGCGUCUUUGCGUAGGCUCAUUCUUGAGGCGCAGACUUUGUUGGUUGCCACCUUGAAGGAUAUGGCUGAGCAGCCGGAAAACGCCUCCCCCAAAAAGGUGGGGCUGGCUGAGCGCAAUUCUCGUAUGGACCAGCUCCGAUCUCAGCUGGUCGGGGUUUCGAUCACGGGACAGCUUGAGCCCAGCCAUGCUUUGCUGGAUUUGACAGUGCAGCAGUGGGACAAUCGUUGCCUCAAACACAUUGGUCCUGAGAAAUGUCAUAGCAGAGAGGAUGAGGUCCAAAACCUCAAGCCUUUGUCUACCAGCAUCUCGCUGGAAGGGGGCAAGUUGAAGGUAACAGAGAGCGCUGGCUUAGAUGACAGGGACAUCGAAGGGUCUCUUCAGGUCCUUAAUGCUCUGAGACGACGAGGCAUUGCCUAUGCUUUUGCUCGAUUGAUUAGUUGGGACAAGCACGAGGCGUACCUCGCCUCACUGUUCGCCUACUUGACUCAACCUGCUCAGGCAGGUUACCGCAAGGUGUCUCUUCGCCAGGUGCUUCGUGCUGACAAACUCGCCUUUGCCAAGAUGGCUGAGGCCGGCGAGGACAUACGAGCGGACAGUUCGGGCAAAUUGCCGUUGGAUGAAGCCAUUUCCAACAUCUUGAAGGAUUACUCCCUAAUUGUGGCAUUGCUUCCCCUUGCUGAUGUUGAAGGGCUGUCUGGGAAAGGCCGGCAAGGACAGUGGCGUCGGCCGGGGCCCUACGCCCCUUUUCUUGGCAAGAAAGGUAAGUUUGGCAAAGGUGCUGGCGCCGGCAAGGGGUUCGACUCUUGGGGAGGCAAGGGUUUCGAAUCCUGGGGCGGCAAGGGGAAGGCUCCCUGGAAGGGCAAGGACCCUAAGGGCAAAGGAGCCGGAGCCUCGGUUGCGAGGCAGGAAUGGUUGCCGGAAGGCUUGCGGUACCAAGGAGCUUCGGCUUGGAGCAAGCGUGGUGGCAAAGUGUGUUAUGGUUACAACUUGGGGCAGUGUACUGAUUCGGCUUGCCAGAAGGGCGAGCACUGCUGCAUCAUUUUCGCUUGCGGUGGUGAUCAUCCUGUCUCCCAGAGUGCCGAAGAUGCAUUUUUCCUCGCCGAUGAUGCGAUGGGCGGUGGGGGGGAAAGUCCCCCACGGCCGGUCGCGGCCGUGGCCCCGGUUCUCCAGAUGGAUUUUGCUACUAAGAGGACGCAGGACCUCCUCUUUCAGUGGCUUGAGGGUUCCAAGCUGGCAGGGGUGCUCAUAUGCAUUCCCGCCAUGACGUUGCCAGCUGAUGUGAUUCAAUUUUGCGUGCAUUUUGCCAGCAGUUGUUUGCAGCGAUCACUUCCUUUGGUGAUCGAGGGGAGGCCUGAGUCUCCGCUUUGGUCGGCUCUUGGAGAGUCGACGGCCCUCGCAGGACUUCCAUGUGACCUGGUUGUUAACUUGCGAGAUUACAAGAGCGGUACGACCCGUAUCGUCUCAGACAUGCCUGAGAUCCGGGUUGCCUCGAGUACCCUAGUUGUGCCAGGACAAUCUGGUAGUCGGAUGACUAAGGAAGCCGGGUGUGCUUACCCGGCCGCUUUCGCGACCAUGUUGGCUGACGUAUUUUCCACGGCGAUUGAAGCCAGGGGCAUCCGUUGCAGAAGCGCAAAGAUCGCCAAUCGGCACCUUAGGGCAUCGGCUAUGUUGCAGCCAAGGGGCGCCUCGCCGUACCCGGUGGUUGACGAGUGGAAGUUGGUGGUGUAUGCCUUGGUUCCUGUCCAGUCUAGCUGUGACCCAUUCGCAGGCGAUAAACGACUUAAGGAGGCUUGGCUGGUGCCUCCCGGGGUGAUCGUGGUACCGAGCAUGCAAGUGCUCCCGGCUGAUUCUCAGCUGUUGUCACGGGCUCAGAGUGGGGGGCCGAUGAGCCCGCAACUCCAGCAGAAAAUACAGGAGAUGGGCGAAGUCUCGAAGAUCCUAGGAUCCAAGAGGAUCCUACUUUUCAAAGAGAUCUUACAAACCAUCAACUAUGAUGAUAUGGGCGUGGUCAAUGAACUGACGACAGGACCUUUUGACUUCGACGCUUUGCCUCCCGGUUGUUUGGUGAGCUCGAGAUUUCCUCUGAUGCAAGGGACCAAGCUGAGGUGCAAGGGUCUAAAUCAUGUCUUCGGCAAAACUGCCGACUUGAAGAGUGCUUACAGACAAUUGGCCAUCUCGGACGACAGUCUAAGGUUUUCGUACCUGGCUGUGUUUGAUCCCAAGACGAAAAAGGCUAAGCUGUUCAGACAGCUAGCGGUUCCUUUUGGUUCGACGAAGGCAGUUUAUUGCUUCUUGAGGGUUGCGAGAGCUCUGUGGACGAUUUUGGUUGUGGGAGCAAAGAUUCCAACCACAAACUACUUCGACGACUUUGUCCUGGUUGCUCUCGAAGGUGACCGAACUUCUUGUUCUAGGACCUUCCAUGAGGUGUUGAAGUUGUUGGGCUGGCGAUUGUCCGAUGACAAAACGACUGACUGGGACACCAGCUUUGAGGCCUUGGGAGUCUUGUUUGAGAUUGACCAAACUGGCUCAGGAGUCCUUAGGAUUACUAACACGGAGAAAAGAAGGAAAGAGCUGAUGGAGUCGAUCCAAGAGAUCUUGACCCAGGGUCAGCUGCCCCAGAAGGAUGCGCUUCAACUCCGGGGUCGUUUGCAAUUCGCCCAAGCCCAGUUCUUCGGUAGGACCGGAGGCCUUGGUGGAGUCCUGCUUACAGGAGCAGGUUCGGCGAUAUCUUUCUUCUCAGUCCCUAUCUCAGAGGAACAAGUUCAACAGCUGUCAGCUUGUGAUGAACAGACUAUCAUUUAUGAGUUGGAGAUGUUCGGAGUUCUGAUUGCUUUGAAACUCCUCGCUGAAGAGACAGUCGCCUUUGCAGACUCUUAUCGCCAAUCGGGAGCCACCGCCGGAGUAGGAGUUACAUGCUUUAUCGAUAAUGAUGCCGCGCGCUUUGCAUUCGUUGCUGGGAACUCCAAGAAAGGAGUGGCAGGCAUUCUUGUGGACGAGGCCAACUUCAUUGAGUAUGUACAUGGUAUAUUACCAUGGUACAGUCGAGUUGCAUCCCCUGCAAAUCUUGCAGACGAGCCGUCUAGAAUGAAGGUUGACAGAGUGAAGCGCCUUGGCUUCAGAGAUCUCUCCACUAAGGCCGACAAGAUGGUUGGUGGAUUGAUUAAGAAGAUUGUUGGAGUGUUGCAUUGUCACGACAACUCGGUUAAGACUGGGGGGACCGACCAAGCUGUCGAUCCAAUGCAGAUGUGA